GGUGGUGCGCGAGGCGGAGCCGAGGUGGCCGGAGGCGGCGGUGGCGGCGGCGGCGGCGGUGGUGGCGAAGGCGACUCGUCCCAGCCGGUCUCACCCUGCCGCUUCUGUCCCAGGACCAAGUCUCCUGCCGCCCAGAGCUGGCCUGGAAUGGGUAAUGGUGUGAAGGAGAGUACGGCGCGUGUGCGUGAGGAUGCCGAGGCCAUCCUGCCCUCACCCGUCAGUUCCAAGAGUGAUCACAGGCAAGUUCUCAGCUCCCUCCUGUCUGGGGCCCUGGCGGGUGCUCUUGCCAAAACGGCUGUAGCUCCCCUGGACCGAACCAAAAUCAUCUUCCAAGUGUCUUCAAAGAGAUUUUCUGCCAAGGAGGCCUUCCGGCUGCUGUACUUCACCUACCUCAACGAGGGCUUCUUCAGCCUGUGGCGUGGGAACUCGGCCACCAUGGUGCGCGUGGUGCCCUACGCCGCCAUCCAGUUCAGCGCCCAUGAGGAGUACAAGCGGGUCCUGGGCCGCUACUAUGGCUUCCGGGGGGAAGCCCUGCCCCCAUGGCCCCGCCUCCUCGCAGGUGCGCUGGCCGGAACAACAGCUGCUUCACUGACCUACCCCCUGGACCUGGUCAGAGCCAGGAUGGCCGUGACCCCAAAGGAAAUGUACAGCAACAUCUUUCACGUCUUUAUUCGCAUCUCCCGCGAAGAGGGUCUGAAGACCCUCUACCAUGGCUUCACGCCCACCGUGCUGGGGGUCAUUCCCUACGCGGGGCUCAGCUUCUUCACCUACGAGACGCUCAAGAGCCUGCACCGAGAGUACAGUGGCCGCCCGCAGCCCUACCCCUUUGAGCGCAUGAUAUUCGGGGCCUGCGCCGGCCUCAUCGGGCAGUCGGCCUCAUACCCGCUGGACGUGGUGCGGCGGCGCAUGCAGACGGCUGGGGUCACCGGGCACCCGCACGCCUCCAUCGUGGGCACGCUGCAGGCUAUCGUGCGGGAGGAGGGCGCUGUGCGCGGCCUCUACAAGGGCCUGAGCAUGAACUGGCUCAAGGGCCCCAUCGCCGUGGGCAUCAGCUUCACCACCUUCGACCUCAUGCAGAUCCUGCUUCGGCACCUGCAGAGCUAGGGACCCGCGCGCCAGGGAGCCGGGCUUCCAUGUGCGGUGGACCACCGACCCCUUGUUUCUGAGCCUGUGGGGUGAGGGUGCGCUUGAUUCCACCCUGGGAACCGGGACGUCGGAGCACCUUGUAGAACAAGCUGGGGGGCCUUGUCGGGGUCCCAAAGGCAGCGGUCCUUGAAGUGCAAUGUUGGGACUGGUGGGCGGGGCCUCUCGCGCUCUCCCCAGCCCUCCUCCCCAGGCGGGAGGCCCUGCUUCCUGGAGGGGCUGCCCUAAAUGCCCCAAGCUGGGAGUGACCAGCGCCACCUCCUGGUGCUCUGUGACCUGGGACACGGUCCUGGUUCUAGUGACCCAGUGCCCAUCGGGCCUGGAGCCAGACUUCGCCUGCCCCUGUUCUUACAGAGAGGAGGGAGCCCCAGGAUGGACAGAGAGGCCCCAGCCUCCCAGCCCUGGUGAGGUGGGGCUGUCCUCGUUUUCAGCUGGGCUAGAAAAAUAGUAUCUUGCCCCCCAACCCUCAAACCCACUUCCCCCGCCCACCUGUCUUGCCUUUGCCAUUACUUCCCAGAUGACAUGACUCCUCUGUCACCAGAGCCUCCUGAUCAGGAACAGGUUUCUCCGGAUAGCAUUAUUUGGGUCCUGGACUCCGUGGCCCAAAUAGGGCCCCAGGAGUGGGUCAUCUCCUCUCUUGCCCACCCACCCGGUUUGUAAUGUUCCCAGGAGGGUUGUGCUGCCUCCAGCCAGCAGGGUUUGUGGAAUCGCCAUGGCUUUGGGCCUGAGUCCUAACCUGGAGGCAUCUGCCGGGACCCAGGUCACCUCCUCUGGGCCAGGAAGCUCCCACCACUGUCCCACAGGCCUCACCACCAGAGGCCAGGCCUCAGGCCCUAACCCUCAGCCCCUAGGCACAGUGGCUCCUGGGAGGCCUGUGGCAUCUGACGUGUCCCUGGCUCCUCUCCCCCCCUUAGCAGGCACUUGGCCAGGACUGGGGCAGUUUAAGGCACACAGGGUAGUCUGAUUUGCAUAAACAGAGUGCAUGGAGGUGACCCGCAGCCUUGAUCCUCCCAAAGUGAGAGCCCCUGAGACAUUGUGUGGCCUGGGGGUGGGCAGUCAGGGUACCCCAGGGAACCCCCAGGGAGUGGUGUCGGAGAUGUUCCCUGGGGUCUGCCGGGUAUCACAGAUGGAGAAACACCCAUUUCUGAAUGACCUGUGGAGUUUCUUGAUUUCUUUUGGCUUUGCUUUUCAAUCAGGCUGCCCCUGGGUCUAGUCACAGUAAACCCUAACCGGCCUGAUCUGGUUCCAGCAGAGAGUGACCAGAGGGUGACCGGAUCCAUGGGCAGCCACCCUGUG